UUCCAGACUACAAGAGUCCAGCUACCGCAGCACAACCCACACAACCGCUCCAACACACACGGAUGAGGAACGGGAGCUGGCUUGGUGGUGAUGUGUUUAGACUUUGUGCUCUAUUUAUCUAUUUCUUAGGUCAUUUCUACGGGGAGAAAAUCUAAGUCUUCCAUGAUGAAACGUGUGUUUGUUUUUGCUGUGGUUGCGUAUUUCUUUGCAGAAAAUCUAUCACUUCCCGUUGGAGAAGAACGACGGCGAGAGGAUGUGGUAACACGGUGCUUGGUUGAGGUCCUGUCCAAGGCGUUGACCAAACCUGACUCUCACCCUCUGGAUCAGGAAUGUAAAGAUAUUCUCAAAGCAGGUGCCCAACAUGCUGCUCCUGCAGAGAAGAAAAGUGAUGUGGUGCUGACUAAUGAAGAAGAGGGCAAAGACCAUGAACCUGAGCCUGAGGCACCAGGGGCCGACGUGAAAGACAUCGAGGCCCUCCUGAAGUCUGUGGAGGAGAAGAGGGAGACACCGGAGGAUGAAGAUCGCAGCCAGGAGUCAUGGGACCUCAACUACGAGAAGGAGAAAAGGAUUUGGAAACCAACGCACAGGUAUCAUCAUAAGAAACCCAAUCACAAACGUGAUGAGGAGGUUUCUGAAGAAGUGAGAGAAAAGCCAGACGAAGAACGUAGUCAGGAAUCCUGGAGCCUGGGCGAUGAGAUGGAGAAGAGCUAUAGACCUACCUAUCGGUACACCCCAAAGAAACACCACAAACGAGAUGAAGAGGGUUUAGAGGAAGAGAGAGAAGAGCCAGAAGAGGAACGUAGUCAGGAAUCCUGGAGCCUGGGCGAUGAGAAGGAGAAGAGAUAUAGGCCUACCUAUCGGUACACCCCAAAGAAACACCACAAACGAGAUGAAGAGGGUUUAGAGGAAGAGAGAGAAGAGCCAGAAGAGGAACGUAGUCAGGAAUCCUGGAGCCUGGGCGAUGAGAAGGAGAAGAGAUAUAGGCCUACCUAUCGGUACACCCCAAAGAAACACCACAAACGAGACGAAGAGGGUUUAGAGGAAGAGAGAGAAGAGCCAGAAGAGGAACGUAGUCAGGAAUCCUGGAGCCUGGGCGAUGAGAAGGAGAAGAGAUAUAGGCCUACCUAUCGGUACACCCCAAAGAAACACCACAAACGAGACGAAGAGGGUUUAGAGGAAGAGAGAGAAGAGCCAGAAGAAGAACGUAGUCAGGAAUCCUGGAGCCUGGGCGAUGAGAAGGAGAAGAGAUAUAGGCCUACCUAUCGGUACACCCCAAAGAAACACCACAAACGAGACGAAGAGGGUUUAGAGGAAGAGAGAGAAGAGCCAGAAGAGGAACGUAGUCAGGAAUCCUGGAGCCUGGGCGAUGAGAAGGAGAAGAGAUAUAGGCCUACCUAUCGGUACACCCCAAAGAAACACCACAAACGAGACGAAGAGGGUUUAGAGGAAGAGAGAGAAGAGCCAGAAGAGGAACGUAGUCAGGAAUCCUGGAGCCUGGGCGAUGAGAAGGAGAAGAGAUAUAGGCCUACCUAUCGGUACACCCCAAAGAAACACCACAAACGAGACGAAGAGGGUUUAGAGGAAGAGAGAGAAGAGCCAGAAGAGGAACGUAGUCAGGAAUCCUGGAGCCUGGGCGAUGAGAAGGAGAAGAGAUAUAGGCCUACCUAUCGGUACACCCCAAAGAAACACCACAAACGAGAUGAAGAAGAUGAAGAGCGCAGUCAAGAGUCCUGGAGUCUGGGUGAUGAGAAAGAAAAGAGAGAGGAGGAUGAUGAGGAAAGAAAGAAGAGGAUCUGGAAACCCACCCAUAGGUACCACCACAAGAAGCACCACAAACGCAGUGAAGAUCCUUCAGAGGAAGAGGAGGAGGAGAAGAAAGAUAAGAGAAUUUGGAAACCCACACACAGAUAUCACCACAAGAAACACCACAAACGAGGUGCUGACUCAUCGGACGAGGAAUCAGAGGAGAAGAGAUCAGAAGAGUCAGAGGAAGAGGAGGAAGAGGAUAGAGAGAAGAGAAUCUGGAAGCCCACACACAGAUACCACCACAAAAAACACCACAAACGUGAUGAGGAGCUUUCAGAAGAAGGGAGAGAGGAGCCAGAUGAAGAACGCAGCCAAGAGUCCUGGAGUCUGGGUGAUGGAAAGGAGAAGAGAGAUGAGGAUAUGAUGAGAGAUGAGGAUGAGAGAGAAAAGAGGAUUUGGAAACCAACUCACAGGUACCACCACAAGAAGCAUCACAAACGCAAUGGGGAUUCCUCAGAGGAGGAAGACGAGGAACGAAGGGGCGAUUUGGACGAACACGAGGAGGAAAAGAGACAUGGAGAUGCCGAGGAGGACGAGAGACAGAGGGAUAGGCAGGAGGCUCUGAGGUACCUGGCAGAGAAGAGUCGUCUCCUGGGGGAGGGCGAGGUGUAUGAGAAACGUUCUCCCUGGGCUUACAGAGAAUACUACCACCCCGCCUGGUGGAAGAGAAGCAUAGAACCACACACACCAUUACAUAAGAUGGAGGAACUGGCGAAGUUGCUGUCCUAUAAGAAUCAACAGCUGGCCAACCAAUCAGAGCUGGCAGACGAGGAAAAGAAGAGGAGCGUAUCUCUAACCCCAGAGGAGGAGAAGGAGCUGGAGAACAUAGCAGCUAUGGACAUGGAGUUACAGAAGAUAUCUGAGAGGAUGCAGGAGGACAGGAGUGAAUAGAUAGACAGGCAGAGGCAUGCAGACAGGGAUGCUAAUAUACACAAGGUUAGCACACUGAGAUAGUAACAAAAUACUAGAGAGAGAGAGAGACUGACCCGUCAGCAUUCCGGACAAAAAAACACUAACAUCCAAGAGCCUUGCUGCAAAUACUGCUUUGUUAACCUUUGUACCUGUGAAAUGUUGAUGUUCUCAAAAGAGACUGUUUAGUUCAUAUAUAAGUAUAAUAGUAUAAAGAUAAAGUAGAUGCUUUGCUAAUUUGUCCGGAUAUCUAUAUAUUUAAAGGACGCAUGACAGUUUUGUUCAAACUUUUGAAUGGUUGUUUGUUUGUUCAGUCUGCAUUUAAUAAAAUGAAUUAUUCUGGGACCAAAAUGAA